CGGAUGUAUAUGAGCGCAGGCGGCGGGAUCUGUCUCCCCUUUUACCGCCAUCGGAGCGGAGUCUCUUUCUUCCCCGGGACCUCUUCACUGCGCAGCGCCGCCUCACCAGCUCAGCCUCCCGGCCCACAGAGCCAAGCAUCACUUGAGACUCAGCGAAGAUGGCAGACAUCGACAAUAAAGACCAGGCUGAGAUGGACCCGGCAGAUAUGGAGGACGUGGAGGAUGUGGAAGAGGAGGAGACGGGAGAAGAUGAAAACAGCAAAGCUCGCCAGCUGACCGUGCAGAUGAUGCAGAAUCCACAGAUCCUGGCAGCGCUGCAGGAGAGGCUGGACGGUCUGAACGGCUCACCGUCAGGGUACAUCGAGAGUUUACCAAAGGUUGUAAAGAGACGUGUAAACGCCCUCAAGAACCUGCAGGUCAAAUGCGCCCACAUUGAGGCGAAGUUCUACGAAGAAGUCCAUGAGCUGGAGAGAAAGUACGCAGCGCUCUACCAACCCCUAUUCGACAAAAGAAGUGAAAUUGUGAAAGCAGCCUACGAGCCCACAGAUGAGGAGUGUGAAUGGAAGGCAGAUGAAGAGGAAGAGUUGACAGUAAGUAAGCAGGACGAGAUGAAGGAGAAGGCCAAGCUAGAGGAGGAAAAGAAAGACGAGGAGAAGGAAGACCCCAAAGGCAUCCCCGAGUUCUGGUUAACAGUUUUCAAAAACGUGGACCUGCUCAGUGACAUGCUGCAGGAACACGAUGAACCCAUCCUUAAACAUUUACAAGAUAUUAAAGUAAAAUUCUCAGAUCCAGGACAGCCCAUGAGCUUCACGUUAGAGUUUCACUUUGAGGCCAACGACUUCUUCACAAACACAGUGUUGACGAAAACCUACAAGAUGAGGUCAGAGCCGGACGAGAGCGACCCCUUCUCCUUCGACGGACCAGAGAUCAUGUGCUGCACAGGGUGCACGAUCGACUGGACGAAGGGCAAGAACGUCACGUUGAAAACCAUCAAGAAGAAACAGAAGCACAAGGGCCGCGGCACGGUGAGGACGGUCACCAAAACGGUCCCCAACGACUCCUUCUUCAACUUCUUCACCCCGCCAGAGGUUCCAGAAAAUGGCGAGUUGGACGAGGACUCGGAGGCGGUCCUGGCUGCAGACUUUGAAAUCGGCCACUUCAUCCGCGAGCGAAUCGUUCCCCGGGCUGUGCUCUACUUCACAGGAGAGGCCAUCGAGGACGACGACGACGAUUAUGAUGAAGAGGGAGAGGAGGCAGAUGAUGAGGAAGGUGAGGAGGAGGCUGAUGAGGAGAACGACCCCGACUAUGAUCCCAAGGUUUAAGUGGUGACAGUAGAAAAAUAACCCUAUCCUGAAGGAUGCAGCCCCCCCAGCUGAGUGUAAGCAGCAGUGAAGCCCGGCCCGGCUGCCUUGAGGAUCGACUGCACUGUAACGGCUUCAAAAAUUACAACAACAAAAAAAAACAUUUAAAAAAAAUAGUUACUUACCGCCUUAUAAUGUUUUGUAUUUUUCUUGGUAGAGAAUUUGAAGAAAAAAAAAAGUUUCAAGAUUUUUGUUACGAAAAUGGUAAUAUACUGGGAGCUGUGUCGCUCGAUAUACAUAGUAUUUUACUAGACCUGUUUUUUCCUUCUCUUCCUCCUUCUCUGUACAAUAACUAGAUAGAAUACAGGACAAAAAAAAUCUCCCUGGAACAGCAUGAACUUGUUUCUUCACUGCUAAAAAAAACAAAAAAACUAGUUUGGGUUCUUGUGAAGUCUUUUGUUGUAUUUGCUCUUAGACAACAGCUGUGGUUAAGACUGCAUCGCGUCAAUUUCUAACAAUCCCCGCCCCCUCUUCACCGCCUCCUACCAAAGCUCCAGAUUGGUCCGUUCUGUUCGUCGUUU